AUGCUGUCCUCAAUCCCUCUCAUCUUCCCCCGCGACGCACACACCCUCUGGUACACCCCCACCAGCACCUUCACCCCCACCGCCCCCCCCUCCUACACCACACACCCCUCCCCCCCCCUCCCCACCAGCCAAAACAUCCACCCCUCCGCCCUCCCGCACCGCCAACAACUCCUUCACCGCCGCACCCCCACCAUCUCCCCCCUCACCCAACUCGCCCUCGACGAGCAAUCCCUGCACCAGCGCAAAGUGCACAUCCAGCGCUUCGGCGCCACAUGGAUCAAGCCGCCGGGGAUCCACAAGACGUACCAGGGCGAGCUCGACGACAAGGCCGAGCGCGAAGAGGCCGAGCGGCAGGCCAUGAUGGAGGACGACGGCGGCGGCGGCUUCGACGACGAGGACGGCGAGGGCGGCGUGACGAGGGAUGAGGAGGGGGAGGAGGGGGAGGAGGUGGAUCUGGAUGCGGGGAUUCCCGAGGUGGAUUCGCUGCUGAGUGAUGAUGACGAUGAGCUCAGUGAGGAGGAGGAGGGGGAGGAGGCGGAUCUGGAUGCGGGGGUGCCGGAGGCGGAUGCGGUGUGGGAGGAUGAGGAGGAGGAGGAGGAGGAGGAGGAGGAGGACGAGGAGGAGUUCGACUAUGAGGAGGAUGAGGAGGAGGAGGAGACGCAGCAUACCGGUGGCAUUGAGUCCAGCCCGCAUCAGGCGAUGUACUCGCAUGAUGAGCACUUUGGCCCGCCGGAUUCACGGGUCGAGCAGAGGCUUCGCGCCUAUCCGAGGCGCUCGCUCGUCAGGAGCGACGAUGAGAUGGAGGUCGAUAGCGACAACUAG